AUGAAGUUCUGGAAAUUUUCUACUCAAGCUUUAGCUUCGUUAUUGACCGCUGUAUCAGUUGUCAAUGCUAGCGGACCAACAGACGGCGAAGCCGCUGCGGACCCAAACUCAGCGGUUGUUCAAUUAACUACUUCAGAAUUCAAAUCUUUCAUGGAUGCUAAUCCUUUGGUUUUAACUGAGUUCUUUGCACCAUGGUGUGGAUACUGUAAGGUUUUGGGACCAGAAUUUGCCCAGGCUGCUGAUUCAUUGAACGAAUCACACCCAAAUAUCAAAUUGGCACAAGUUGAUUGUACCGUUGAAGAAGAAUUAUGUAUGGAACACGGUAUUAGAGGAUACCCAUCAUUGAAAAUUAUGAGAGGGUCAGAAGCUGCUCCAGAAGACUAUGAUGGUCCAAGAGAAGCUGCGGGUAUUGCUGAUUACAUGAUCAAGCAAUCAUUACCAGCUGUUUCGUCUCCAGUCGAGACUGAAGAAUUGACCUCUUUGAUCGAUGCUCAAGAAAAGCCUUACAUUAUUCAAGUUUUACCGGAGGGUUACAACGGCGAUAAGGAUAAAGCUAAUUCUGACGAAACUUUUGCUGAAGUUGCCAACGAAAACAGAAAGGACUUGACUUUCAUUUCUGUUGAAAAUAAAGACUUGGUUGAUUCUUUGAAGUCCAAGCUUCCUAAGGCUAGUUUGAACAAGGUUAAGUCUCCAAAGUACUUGCUUGUGCGUCCUGAUUCUCCUGAAGACAUCACUGAAUUCUCUGCUACUUUAGAUAAGGAAAGCUUAACGUCUUUCAUCAAGACCGAAAUCGUUCCAUACUUCGGUGAUAUCAAUAGAGAUACCUUUUUGAUGUACAUGACUUCGCCUUUGCCACUUGGUUACUAUUUCUACAAUAAUGAAGAAGAACGUAAAGUGGUUGAAGAAACUUUCAAGAAGUUAGGAAAGGAAUACAGAGGUAAAAUCAACUUUGUUGGUUUGGAUGCUAAUGUAUUUGGACGUCAUGCCGAAGCAUUAAAUAUGAACCCAGAAGUUGUUCCUCUUUUUGCAAUUCAAAACCUUCAAGAAAACAAGAAGUACGGUAUCAGCCAAGAAGAAAACCCUAAGGGUCCUUCUACUAAGACUAUUGAAAAGUUUGUUAAGGACUUCAUCAAGGGUAAAGUAGACCCAAUCGUCAAGUCUGAACCAUUGCCAACCAAAGAAGAAAUUGCCAACCAAUCGGUUGUUAAGUUAGUCUCUCACAACCACGAUGAUAUUCUUAAGGAUACUUCGAAGGAUAUUUUAGUUAAAUAUUACGCCCCAUGGUGUGGACAUUGUAAGAAAUUGGCACCAACAUGGGAAGAAUUGGCCGGUAUUUUUGGUUCGAAUAAGCCUGAUUCUAAGGUUGUUAUCGCUGACCUUGAUCACACCGCUAACGAUGUUAAUACCCCGGUUGAAAUCGCUGGUUACCCAACUUUGGUGUUCUAUCCUGCUAAUGGUAAGAUUGACAGCAAAACUGGUCUCAGGGAAGCUGUUGUAUACGACAAACCAAGAGAAUUAGAUUCUUUGAUUGAAUAUAUUAAGGAACAAGGUGGUCAUAAAAUUGAUGGCAACCAAUUAAGAGAAUCUAAAGAGGCCAUCGUUGAGGAAGAUGAAGUUAAUCAUGACGAAUUAUGA